GGUUCUAGUACUAUGUAACUGCUAAGGGCUCAUUGCAGAGGACUCAAUGGGGCCUUAGGGAAGAAAACAUCAUGAUUAUUGCUGCAACAUCCUUUCGCUCCUCUCCUAACAAAGCUCUGCCACUGAAUCAUGGAGUCACCAUCUGAGGAGAAGAGAAGGAGCCAUGUCAUCACUAUAGACCCAGAUGAAACUGUCUUGACUGCCUAUCCAUAUAGACCUCAUAACACUCUGCUGGAUUUCCUUAAGGGAGAGCCAAAACUUCUAGGGGCUAUUCAGAUUCUUCUUUCUCUAUUCAUCGUAGUCUUUGGAAUUAUAUUAGCACUUAAUUUCAUCUUUUUAUCCAAAAAAUUUCCUCUCGUGAUCCUCACAGGAUAUCCACUCUGGGGAGCAGUUAUUAAAUUAGAAUCAUGCUUGAGAUAUGAGAUGUGUGAAUGAAUGCAUGUCAAUCAACCAAUAAACAACUGAAAUAAGGAACUAAUGAGACCACUGUCUCUAUUAAAACCAGUACUGUGUUUUGUUUUUUCUGGCAGGAUUUGUCAUAAUGUCCCAUAACAAUGUACCAAGACAAUGUACCGGGACAUGUCACAAUGUAGCAAGAUUAAUUCUGAAACAAGACGUCACAACCAUGAAUAUCCUCAGCUUGUUGACUGCAUUAGCUGGGAUUGCUUUGAUCCUCCUCAGCUUUAAAGAGCAGCACAAAUUCUGCCAGACAGCCUCCCCUGAAGGACCGUGUGUUGUGGGCAAAACAUUUUUCCUUGGAAUUUUGUCAAUCUUAUUAAUCAUUACCAUUGUAGAGCUCAGCAUCGCUGUGACUGUUGUAUUCUUAAGAAGCAGAUGCUGGACCGGUUCAAAAGAGGCUGUGUUCUUCUUUCCUUCAGAUGGUCCUCAAAAUACUGAACAUCCUGCUCCAGAAGAAAACAAUACAUUACAAUUUGAGUUUCAAGAAAAAUCUUCUGGUGAUAAUGCAGCUUUAAGAAUAAAUGGUGUUUUCUUAGGUGGUUAUGCUUUCUUCAAGUUAAGAGUCUCAAGAAAUCCUUCAGCUCCCAAAACUAUCCCACAGAAAAGUGAUAAAGGUACAUCUUCUAUGCAUGUUCCAGAGGAACAGGAGGCUAUUCCUCUAGUCUCCCCAGAGCAAGAAACCAAACUGAAUGCUCUACCUCCCCCAUUAACACCACACUCUUCAGAAAAUACUCUUUCUCCGAAAGACUCUAGAACUGAUCACCUGAAUGAUGAAGACCUAUCAUCUAUUAUACAUCAACCUUCUGACAUGCAAUCCAAUUUGAUUGGCUAUGAAACUGCAUCAGCCAAAAGUCUUCAAACUCCAUCUUCACAUAAUUUCCUCCAUUUUUCACCUGACAAUUUGUCAUCCCAAUCAUUAAUGGCAUCUCUGUCAACACAAGUCUUACAAUCUAAACAGCCAUCAUUUCAUAUUUCACAGUCUUAUGAUAUAUCUGAAGAUUUUCUCUCUGAAAAUAUACCAUUUCAAGACAAUCAAUCCCAAGGCACUCCUUCUCAGUACACCCCAUCCCAAGAAAUACAAUUCCAAGAUAUACUAGCUCAAGACAUAUCAUUCCAAGAGAUUCAAUCCCAAGAGACUCCGUACCAAGAUACAGUAACCCAAGACAUACUAUAUCAAAAGACUCCACCUCAAGAGACUCCGUCUCAAGAGACUCCAUACCAAGAGCUAUCAUACCAAGAUAUAUUAAUUAAAGAUACAUCACCCCAAGAGUCUCCCUAUCAAUAUAUACUAACAAAAGAAACACCAUUCCAGGAGACUUUAUUCCAAGGGAAUCUAUCCAAAGGGACUCCAUCCCAAGAUACUCCAUCUCAAGGGACUCCAUCCAAAGGGACUCUAUCCCAAGUGACUUCACCCAAGGAGACUCCAUCCCAAGGAACUCCAUCCCAAGUGACUCCAACCAAGGGGACUCUAUCCCAAGGGACUUUAUCUCAAGGGACUCCAUCUCAAGAGACUCCAUAUCAAGGGACUCCAUCUCAAGGGACUCCACCCCAAGGGACUCCAUCUGAAGGGACUCCAUACCAAGGGACUCCAUCUCAAGAGACUCCACCCCAAGAGUCUCCAUCUGAAGGGACUCCAUCUCAAGAGACUGCACCCCAAGGGACUCCAUCUGAAAGGACUCUAUCCAAAGGGACUCCAUCUCAAGGAACUCCAUCCCAACGGACUCCACCCAAAGAGCAAUCAUUCCAAGAUAUACAAACCAAAGACACAUCAUCUCAAGAGACUCCAUACCAAGAAACUCCAUUCCAAGAUACACUAAUUCAAAAUAUACCAUCCCAAGACACCCAAUAUAAAGAGAGUCCAUCACAAGAGAUUUUCUUCCGAGAUUCUCCAUUCCAAAAUACUCCAUCCCAGAAUAUACAAUAUCAAGAUAUAUUAUCUCAAGAAAAACUAUCCCAAAGCUCACAAACCCAAAAUACAGUACCUCAAGACAUGCCAUUCUCAGAUCUUCAAAUACUAAACACUCAAGUUCAAAUCCAGCAAUAUCCAGAAGUAUUUUAUAGGGACAUUCGAACAGAAGUUAUGGAGCUGACUCAAGAAUGGAAGUCUAAUCAGGGCAAGAAACCCACAAGAAGACUUUCCUUAUCCUUGCCAGGCAAACAUGGGCAACCCUAUCCCAAGAGACAUUCUGUGGACCUGCAAGUCAAAAGUGAGAAACCAAGGAGGUAUUCUGAGGACUUACAAAGUAAACGUUCAAGACGGAAAUCCAUAGAUCAGCAAAUCAAAGCCUGGAUAUCCCCAAAGAAAAAUACCACAGAGAAACAAGAUGCAUAUACCCAAACCACAGAGCAAGCUGAAGAUCAGCAAGCUCAAGCUCAGCAGGCUCAAGCUCAGCAAGCUGAUGAUCAGCAGGCCAAAGAGGAGGAGGUCCCAGUACAACAAUACCAAAAUAAACAAAUCAAAGUCCAAAAAUCUGUACAGGAGCUAUUACCAGAAGAACGUCUUAAUGACAGAGAGGAUGAAGAUCAGCAGUCUGAUAAAAAGCAACCUCCAGAAGAACAAGUUCAACUGGCUGAAGACCAACAUCCCAAAGAGCAGAAAGCCCCAAAGACCCAGCUCCAAAAUUGGCAGGGAGGACAACAAGCACUAGUAAAGAGAGCCCCAAUGCAGUUGUAUGAUAACUGGGACUCCCAAAGCUUUCAGUGCACGGAAAGGUCAUCAUGUUCAUUCUGGUCAACUCCAUCCUGGCAGCCUAUUAGCCAGAGAUCCCAAGACUGGAUAAGUCAAGGUUGGAGAAACAAAGAUUGGAAAGCACAAGAAUGGCAGUUUGAAGUGCAACCUUCCCUAGAAUGGGAAUCCCAAGAGCUAUUAGAGAGAGAAUCCUUAAGACAAAGGGCACUAUACCAACAAAUCCAACCCCACACCACCAUAGUUCAUCAGACCCCAGAUCAUCGAUUGCAAAACUUUAUACUUCAAGUAGGUCUGUGUCAAGGUAGUAGGCAGCAACAAGACUCUGGAUCUAGUGUUUUAAUAGAAGAUGUGUAUGAAGACGACAUUCAGUCAAGAGACAGAGAACCAGGAGAUACAGAAGAUACAUGCCAGAAACCAACAGACCAGCAGUCAGAAGACAUGCGGCCAGAUAAUUAUCCUGUUGCUUGUCAGAGCCUGGUUCCAUACACAUAUGUAACCUGUUUAUCCAACAUAGCUUCAGAGCAAGAGGUGCAGAACAAUACACCUUGCUCAGGUUCAUCCAAAGAUCUAAAUGCCACUUCUUCCUCAUCAUAUCAAAAAGAUCAACAGCAAUCUGGAGAUUCAGACUAACAUGCACAUCUAACCAAAAAACACAGAUACCAGAUAAUGGAACCAGAUGAGGAGAAAGCAGUUGAUUCUUCCCUAACCUCUGUUCUUGCCUGUGCUUGCUGUCUAAUUCAUACACCACAGAUGAAGGACAUACAGGACCUUCAAAGAACGUGUUCCUUUUUAAAUCAAAAUGACAACAAGCUAAAUGUUAACACUAUAUCAGAACCUUCUGGGGUUGAAGGAAUAAAUCUCAUGUAAACCGU